UGUAAUUCUGAGUGGGUUAAAGUUUCAUUCUAUCAUUUUUACACCCUGGUAUUCCUCAACAUGAAAUCCAUCUUGUGAUCUUUAGCAGGUAAAAAAGGUCAGCAAGGACAAGGAUAGAACCUGGAAGUCUGGAAUUAGAGAAUUGCAUUGAUUCAAAAAGUCCUGAUGAUGAAUUUUAUUUACUUAAUUUGUUUAUGUUCCUGUGAUCUUUGGUGGAGAUGUUAUUAUGUGAUCAAUCACAUGUUAUGCAAGAGUGAUUUGUGGUAAACUUGAGUCUCCCUUCCAUUUUAGUUCAAGAUAUAUCUAGGAACUUACUAAAGAUAGCCUCUUAUAGGGUUGGGACUAAGCCAAGGAGAAAUCUAACUUGAAUACAAAUCUUAAUGUCUAGUGUAAUAUAAAUGCCUUGGAAGUGCAGCUUUCACUGAGAACAGUAGAAAAUAGAGGCCAUGUAUCACAAGGGAUUCAAACCAACAAGCCUACAAAAGGACAUUGAGUGUCUUAAUUGUCCAAGUUAAUGAGCAUAGACAUGAGUGCAUCAUUCUAAAGUUAUCAAUGUGUCCAUGGGGAAAAGACUUCCUAGUUGGUAGGACAAUUUGCAGAGUGAUGGAGAAGGAAGAAGAUUGAAGACUACAGCCUACCAUCAAUCUCCCCUUCAAGUGUAGAAUCUUUGCAUCCAGAUGCAUCACUUGACCCCCUCUAAGUUACAUGUUGGUACCCCAACAUAAUCUGCCAGUGUCAUCUUGUAAUGCCUUCACUAGAAACAAACUAGAGAAAAUGAAUCAUGCAAUGAAAACUGUUGAAUGAGUCCUAUGGCACUGUUAUUGUGAAGCAUUUCUCUUAUAAAACAACAUUUAUUCAUGCAAUUAUGUAAAUAUAAGAUUGUUGGUGCCCUGCUUUGUGCUGGGCAAGUCAGCAUUAAGUGUGUUGGAGACUGCCAAGUUUGGAAGACCAUACUGCAAUUGGCUGGGGGGAGGGGAGGGAGGAAGAAGGGGAGUGAGAAUGUUGGAGGGUAAGGCAAUGAUCCAGGACACAGACAUGCCUGUGAAGAUGCAGCUCCAAGCCAUGUCCUCUGCCUCUCAGGCUCUUGACCUCUUUGAUGUCCUAGACUGCAACAACACGGCUUGCUACAUCAAGAAGGAGUUUGAUCUAAGGUAUGGGUUUGGAUGGCAAUGUGUGGUUGGCUCCAACUUUGGGUGCUGCUUCACUCACACAAAGGGCACCUUCAUUUACUUCUGCUUGGAGACACUCCACUUCCUCAUCUUCAAAUGUUCUGCUGCUUGAGCCACCUAUCAAACAGUCAAAAUAGUUGGAAUCCAAUUGGGAUAAAAAAUGGAGAUAUCUGUGAUGUGGGGCCAGUCUCUUCUUCCUCUAGCUCACACCUCAGGCAAGGAUUUCAUGCUUUAGGUCAUCCAUACAUGUAACCAAGUUAAGGAGUACUAAAGUUUCUAUCAAAUUCAGAACCA